AUGACGAGUCCAUCAGCACAGCCAACCAUCGCUGAUGCGGUCCGAUUCAUGGACUCGCUCAGCAUUCUGCCAUCACCUCGAAAGGCUCCAACGGCAAAUAGCAUGCCAGACCUGAAAGGCUCGAUGAAGCAGUCCCUCGAAACAACCCAGACGAACGGUCGCCCACUGGAAGCUCACAAGUUCAACGAUUCAAACGGACCGCACAGCUUUGCUUCUCAAGACCCAAAUCAGCAGGGUGUCUCAUCAGCAACUACUGCUAUAGAAAGAGGAUCAACGAUACCAAGCCUACCAGCAGAAAUACUCUUCCAUAUCGCAACAUUCCUUCUCCCCGCCUUACCCACCUCCCAAACCUUUCCCUGCAAACACUGCUCUCCACCAUACACCGCCCUCCUCCCCGCCGGUUCAAGCAUAACUCCUCUUCUCUCCCUCGCAUCUGCAUCUCGCACAUUCCGCAACAUCCUAACACCCCUGGUAUGGCACACUAUUGUCAUUCGUACACCACAGCAUCUCCCCCGCCUCGCGACGCUGCUGAAGAACUACGAUUGCCUUUCUCUUUCCUCCACUCGACGCUCUUUCUCCCGCGCCUCUCCUCCCCAGAGUCAGAGCCCUGUUGAGUUCGGGCUACGCCAUCCCUUACCGCACAUCCGCAGUAUCGCAGUGUCGAUUCCGGAUAAAUACCUCGAUUUCGAUCAAACCUAUCUCCUCACAUUGCUGCGAUCAAUGCCUGAACAAGUUGAACAUUUGUAUUGGUCAGCUGAAGCGCCGCCAAACCCUGCGGUAUGGCUUUUGCUAGGGCCCUCGCUUAGGGGAUUGGAGGUGGAUGGGAGAUUGUUUCAUCAGGGACAUAAGGGUAUGGCUGGGUUGAAGAGGCUGGAGACUUUGAGGUUUACGGGUUAUGAGAGUACACUGCUGCCGGCUGGGGUUGUUGCCUUGUUUCAGGCACAGAGCCUUGCUACUGCAGAGAUAGGAGAGGGGGUGGGGGAGGUGAGAGAAAUACCGGAGGGAUACGAAGAACAAAGAGGACGACAGGAAAGUCCGUUGCAAGAACUCCAACGAUCGUCCUCAAUCCCACCACGCAGGCAAGCUCAACAUCUCUACCUCGACCUACCAUCCCCCUCCUCCACCCAUCCUUCAUCCCCUUCCUCACCAGCACCAUCAAACAGAGCUCGACUCAAACACCUCUCGCUCUCCACCUCGAAAACCUCGCUCUUCCACCAAUUGCGCCUCCUCCUCACCUCCUCUUUCAACUCCCUAACCUGCCUCGAUAUCUACCCCAUAACCCCCGAACCCCCACUCCCAUCCACCAUCCUCUCCCUCUCCUCUACCCUCACCCACCUCCGAUUAAUAUUCGACAUCUCCGGCGCAUUCUCCAACUACAACUCCCUUUGGUCCACCCUCACCUCCCGUCUUCCGCAUUUAAUGUGGCUGGAGGUUGAUCCGAUGCCACAACAGAACACCGCACCCAGCUUCUGGGACUUUAUCGAAAGUUGUCCUAGGUUGGAAUACAUUAAUGGGAAGAAGAAAGAAAGCUUCCCACCCAGCUUUGGGCCACACAGCUUUGGGGGGUUUUGA